AUGGCUCCCGUUAAGAAGGCGAAGAAGGACCAGAACUCCAUCAACAGCAAGCUUGCUCUUGUUGUCAAGUCUGGUCGCAUCGUGCUGGGAUACAAGGAGACCCUCAAGACCCUCCGCACCGGCAAGGCCAAGCUCGUCCUCAUUGCUGGCAACACUCCUCCUCUCCGCAAGUCUGAGCUCGAGUACUACGCCAUGUUGAGCAAGGUCCCCGUUCACCACUUCGGUGGCACCAACGUAAGUUGUUCUCGCACAGAAGGGAGCUGGCACUGCUUCGCUCCCGACCUUCUCUUGCUACCGAUCUCGAAGACCUCCAGUCUCUUGGUCAACCCAGCGAAGAAGUCUCUCAGGCUUUGGAGGAUCGAGAUGGGAACUGCCGUCGGAAAGCUCUUCCGCUGUGGUACCUUGGCCAUCAUCGAUGCCGGUGACUCCGACAUCCUCAGCGACCAGGUCGCUUAA